CUCAUAUAGCACAUCCAGAGAGUAGCAGUUCUUCACUCAAGCAAACAUAGACACUGCCUUAGUUUAUUGGAUUACCAAUUUUUGGAUUAUACAACAUUGCAUUUAAAACUAUGGCUGAAGAGAAGAAAAAAGGAAAAGGGAAAAAGAAACAAAAGAAUCAUAAUAAAGGGGACAAAGUGGCACAAGGAGAAGGGGCUGCCCCAAAGUUGAGGAAGCUCAAAAAUAUUACACUCCGUGAGGGAGAAAAGCUCAGUUUGAAAUGUGAAGCUACAGGAAACCCCAUUCCUGAAUUCAAAUGGUUUCGAGAUGGGAAGGAACUGAGGAAGAGUAAAGAGAUAAGGAUACGACAUGGAAGGAGAAACUCCAGGCUGCAAAUUACAAAAGUUAAGGCUUCAGAUGCAGGAGAGUAUACUUGUGAGGCAGAGAAUGCUGUAGGAAGUAAUUCAUCAAAGAGCUUUGUCACUGUUCAGAGUGACACUUUGUAUGGCUCACCUUCUCCCAUCUUGGAUGACACUUCUAAGCAGUCUGUAGCCUCGCUUUCUUCUGUUACCCAGAAUGCAACACAGCACACAUCUCAGGCAGGAGGCAGUUUGAAGCCAUUAACAGAGAAUUUCUCCACAACACCCUCUCCUGGUUCUGGUCAUGCCAGGAAGUGCAAUGAAACUGAAAAGGCUUACUGCGUUAAUGGUGGAAUCUGUUACUACAUUGAUGGCAUAAACCAGCUCUCUUGCAAGUGUCCAAAUGAAUUUACAGGUGAUCGCUGUCAAACCUUCGUAAUCGCCGGUUUCUACCGGCAUCUUGGAUAUGAAUUUAAGGAGGCAGAGGAACUCUACCAGAAGAGAGUCCUAACAAUUACUGGAAUAUGUGUAGCUUUAUUGGUGGUGGGGAUUGUGUGUGUGGUCGCAUACUGCAAGACAAAGAAACAAAGAAAGAAAAUGCACAAUCACUUAAGGCAGAAUAUGUGCCCUGAUCAUCAGAAUCGAAAUUUAGCUAACGGGCCAAACCAUCCCGGGCCAGGACCGGAAGAGUUACCAAUGGUUGAUUAUAUUUCAAAGAACGUACCUGCAGCAGAGCGAAUAAUACGGCAUGAAGCAGAAACAUCUUUCUCUGGAAGCCAUCCUUCCUCUACUUCCCAUCAUUCCUCAACAGCCACUCAUACAUCUAGUCACAGACAUGAAGACCGUACAUGGAGCUUGGAUAGAACAGACAGCAUUAUUUCAGACUCACACUCUGGCAUUAUGUCAUCAUCUGUGGGAACUAGCAAAUGUAACAGUCCUGCCUGUAUUGAAGCCCGUACCCGACGUGCUGCACACUGUGGAAUAAUUGAGCCCAGGCGCGCAAUGAUGCAUUACAGGGACUCUAUAGACUCACUCAGAGACUCUCCACAUAGUGACAGGUAUGUGUCAGCUCUCACCACGCCUGCCAGACUGUCACCAGUGGACUUCCAUUAUUCACUGCCUACUCAGGUGCCUACUUUUGAAAUCACUUCACCCAACUCGAGCCACGCAGUAUCCCUGCCCCCAGCUGCUGCCAUGACUUACCAUAUGGAAGAAGAGCAGCCUUUGCUACGACAGUACCAGGUGCCAUUGCAAGACGUGCAAAGACAUGACCCAUAUUACCAAAGGCGUAGCUAUCUGAAUGACAGCACAGGUAGCCUGCCUUCCAGUCCUUUUCGAAUGGUGGAAGAUGAUGAAUACGAGACCACCCAGGAGUACCUUUCUGCAUUGGAGCAACCAAAGAAAACAGCAAGCAGCAGUAAACGGUGGAGAAAAUCUAAAGUGAAUGGUCACAUAAAUCAAAGACGGGACAUUAUCAGAGACUUCAGCUCCCAAAGCUGCAUGUCCAUCAGUGAUUCGGAGGAGGAGCAAGCAGGAGAAAGCACUCCUUUCUUAAGUAUGCAGAACAUGAACAUGACAGCAAAUGCAGAACCUUCAACUGUCUACAGACCAGGUGACAACAGGACUUAUUAUUCAUUCAACAGACACACUGCACGUGGGAAUUUACAGACCAGAAUAACGCACACACGAUCAAAACAGGACUCUGCUCCUCUUUAAAAAUAAAUCAAAGUGAUAAAAUGCUAUAGAGCUGCAUCUAUAAGAAAUAUUUUUAUUUUAUAUAACAGACAGAUAUUCUAAACAAAUGAAAUAUUUUAUUUUCAUUUUAGCAAAACUUGUCUACUAGCUAACAGCAAAGACUUUUUUUUUAUAGGGAAAACUAUUUAUAUGUACUAUUUGAUUUACAGCUUAAGAAAAAAAAGAUGUGCCAAUUUUUUCACUUCUUAAAAAUAGAAUAAUAUUGUGGUGCCUUUUGCUGUAUGCUGAUGCCAGUUUCUGCUGAGGUCUGAAUUUUUUGUAGCUUUUCCAAUACGGACUCAUCAUUUUUUAUAGACACGUUCCUUCCUGAUUCUUUUGUUUGGGGUGAGUUCCCAUUUUCAACAGUGUUAAUGAAUAUUAUCCUGUAAUGUUGGUUUAACAUCAUGCAAUAUAAGCCGCUCAUCCAUAAUAUGUAUGUUUAUAUUCAAAAGAAAAGACCGUGGGGAUGCAAUUAUAAUGAAAGAUGCAAUAUGUUUCUCAAUGUUAUAAGAUGUGAACAUGAACACAACAGAUCCAAACAGUUGUAAUUUUAUUAAUUCCAGAUAUUAAGAUAAUAAUCUGUCUGGAGCAAUGCCUUUUUCUUGAGAAAGAAACACAGUCAUACAAAUGUCAUUUCUUUUCAGUUCUCAGAGUGAAAGUGGGCAUGUGUGUAUAUGUUUCCCAAUACAGUACUUACAUAUAUAUAUAUAUAUAUAUAUAUCUGUAUAUGUUCACAGUAUAAAUUUAAAACUGAAUGUGUGUGUAGGUUAUAUAUACAUGCCAUAUAUAUUUCCACACACAUAUAUUUACAUACUGUAUAUGCAGACAAUACUCUUAAUAUUGGCUGAUGCUGAUAUUAUAGAAUUCCUGAAUCUCCUUUUCCUUUGUAAGUCCUUCUGCUUUUCUUUUAUCACCUAAUGUUAUUUUUACCCCCCUCUUUCUGACCUGUUUCUUCUUGCUGCCAUAAUGUUGAAUGUAAAAAUUUAACCAAUCAUUUAUUUUUUAUGCUUUUACAAUAUUACAGAUACAUUCCAAUUUAACCAAUGUAGAUCACUGAUUUUAUGAAUACAUUCAAUUUCAAGUGUAAGGAAUAUGUAGGACAAAUAUUCCUUUCAGAUAUCUAAUAGGUUUUGUGUGAUUGAAAAAAAGUUUUUAUUCAUUAGAAUUUCACAGAAAGCCAGAGCCUAUUCCAGCAACAAAAAAUAUAAAGGCGUUCACCAAAUUCUGGAUGUGAUGUCCUUUCUUUUGAGGCCAAACUCAUCACACUCUCUCAGAGUUAUCAUUUAGAACCCUCAUACACUAGCAUUCAGAGUAAACCCAUGAAAACACAAAUGGAGUGUGCUCGUUUUAUAACAAUGACAGGCUGGGAAUUGAACCCUUUUCCCUUUUGCUAUCAGGGUGCAAUGUUUUCCACCAGCCAUAUAAAGACUGAAACUGAAUAACAUUUAGAUCAGAAAUAAUGGGAUUGAAAUUAAACUGCUAAGAUUAAAGAAGCAUCUUGAGCUUUGAUUAUAAUCAUCAUGAUGACAGACAACUGUAAAAUUUUACCUCAGCCUACACCUAAGAAAACACUAAGAUGUUUUGAUUAGAUAAAUAUUUUCCCCUUAGGUGAUAUUUUAUUAUAAAAACAAUUUCAAAAGUUGGAGUUGUCAUGUAGAGAUCAUGCAAAUAAUCAAAGCAGCAUUUCAAAGGUUCAGCUAGAAGCAUGCUUGAGUUGAGGUGGCAAAAGUUACACCAUUCAAAUUGCUUUUUUACUACGGCCCCGACUUGGUGUUCUUCUCCAGAAGCCCCAAAGGGACAGUCAAAACAGUAUCCAGCUAUCUCACAUUAUCAGACUUUAAAAAUAGGGAAUUCAAGUACAGACAGUAAAUAAAGAACAGCAGAACUUGUUUUAAAAAGAGAAAGAAAGCACCUUCAGCACUGAAUCAGAUCAUAUUAGUGUGAAGGUUCAAAUUUGUCUUGGGGUACAUUAACAUGCCAUUUUUCCUAUUCAGAAACAGAGUGUUAAAUAUAUAGGGAAGAGUUAACAAUACAAGUAUGGAGCCUAUAGCACUUCACAAAACACCCACAGAUAAAAUCUUUCUGAAAUAAACACAGUACAAAUGCAAGCAUAGGAAAGUAAAACAACUAAAUUGCACAAAAUUUUUAACACCAGGCUCUAUACAUAUUUUGUGAUUUUUUCACAGUUCAUUGCUGUAUUUCAUUUUAAUCUACUGUACAUUUUUAAAACAUAAUGUUCUCACCAUUUUGGCCUCCAUUAACUUUAAAUGUUCCCUUGACCUUUGACACAGAAGCUGUGACAGUCCGGGUUGGCUUUGCAGUCCUUGGCAGCUUGAACCCAGGACUGUCGAUAAAGACACCGAGGAAGAGCCGGAUAAAUGAGGGCAUACACAGUCAACAAGAGUUGAUAUAAAGUGCUUUGUGCUUUUAUUCCAAAAGUAAAAGCAUGUGUAAAUAGAGCAGUGCAAAGUUUCUUCCUUAAAUAAAUAAUCUAAUAAAAUCAAGUGUUCAAACAAUAAAUAUCCAUUUAAUAACUACGUUAAAAAUUCUGGGCAGAAAAACAUUCUUAAAAAAGCAACCUGAGCCCAUGUGCUUCCUUUCUAAAAACCAACUUCUCCUCUGCUUACCCUUAUGGGGGGUCUCUUUAGUUUGAGGAGACAUCUAUCAACAAGCGCAGAUACCCCUUAAUCCUUGCUCAUUUUCCUGCUGUCCGUUCCAUGCUGUUGCAUGGGGUACCGCUCCUUCACUGAGCACAUGGUCGCUCCUGCUCCAGGAGGCACUCAGCCGGAGAGACUUCUACCCUCAAUUGCUGGCCAAGUGCUUCUCUUUGGCUCACUCCUGUCCGCCUGCUUCCUCUCUAACAUUGGACUUUCAUUUAUAUAUUUAAAAUGCACAGCACAACAAACCUCUCUCAUCACAGAGGCACUCAGACACCCAUAUGCAGACGUAUACAUUCAAGGCUCCUCUGUAAUUCUGCCCAUCUUUACAUUCAUUUUUUGUUUCCUUAACCUACUUAUUUCCUUCUUUUUUUUUUCUUUCCGUCUCCUGCCCAGGCUCCAUUUUAUGCACCUAUCGGGUACAGGUGCUGGAGUCACUUGCUUCAAGAUGUGAAUGAAGCACUUGACUGAUCCACGUGCAUUUGUACAUGAAUGCGCAAUCCUCAGAGCAGGGUGUGCACAAUCCCACAUGCACCGGGAGCCUGCACGCUCCAAAACUUCCAAGUUAUGUAUUUAAAAUGCACAAUGCCAUGGACCUCUCUCAUCACAGAGGCACACAGACCCCCACAUACAGGCAUAUACAUUCUCAUACUGUAGGCCCACCACAGUAAAAUAUUAUUUUAAAUAUUUAGCUCUUGAAAAACAAUUGUCUCCAAACAUUCUUUUUAGAUUUAUUACAGAUAAUGUAUACAGUGUAUAUAAAUCAAUGAUAAAAUUAAUUCAACUAAGAAUAACCCUACCAGACACUUUUAUCUUAGAUCUUAAUAAUAAAAUGCCAUCUACUUCAUAGUUAGUAUUUAUUGACCCUAUUAAAUUUCUAAACCUUUGGUUUCAUUAUGCUUAAAAUGUUUUUUUCACUUAAGCAGUAUAAAUUAUAUUGGCUAAUGAUACAUGGUCUUGGCAUCAUUAUACUACUAAGACCUUUAAUGUGGUACACAUUUGGCAGGUCUUGUGAGCAGCAUGAGAAAAUGUUGUGUUACGCAUGAUGUUUCUUUCUAUUUUCUGUGGAAAGUCAUCGUUUCUAUAAAUGGACAGAUUUCUAAUAGUACACACCAAAAACUUUUUGUAUGAAAUCUGAUUCAGUAAACUUAGAAUGCAGGCUGCAAUUUUUACUGUAGUCCUCAGGCAUUUGGGUUGUUGAAUGUAAGACUACCACCAUAACAAACAAGACAUCAAAACUACAUAUUUUCAUAGGUAGAAAAGUGCAUACUGUAUAGUUACUUGUGCAAAUGAAAUAUGCAAAUACCCAAUGAAACUUUGUGUAGUCAGUCAGUCAUUUUCACACUCACUAAUUCCAAUGUGGGGUCCCGGGGAUAUACACCUAUAUACUCUCAUUUCCUUGUUAAUGGAUUUGACAGCAAGGAUUUAUCUGAAAAGUGAAAAUAAGUUCAAGGAUGAAGUAUGCUGUAGACUAGCAUGAUACUGCAUGUGCUAUGUGUUGACGGUGAACCAAAGACAGAUAGUAGAGAACCGUUAUGAUAAUCUUAUUUCCGCAUACAUUCACACAUGCAGAUUGGUCAAUGGGAAGUUGUGUAAAGUACACAUUAUGAAAGCAGACAGCUGGAGUGGCAAACAUGUUGUAGACUUUUGAAACGGUGACUAUGCUAAGCAUGUUGCAUUUACCGUCACAAUACUUGUACAGUAAAUCAUAUGCUGUAUUUGAAUAAAGGCAACUUUACUCAUCAGAUACAAUAAUACCGUACAGGCUUCUGAAGCCUUACACCUUAAAAUCCCACAAAUUAUUUUUAAGUCCUACAUUUAUUGCAGAUGCAUUUGAUAUAGCUGUAAAUUUGUGAGACUGUGUGUAUGUGCUUGUGUCCAAGUCAUCUGAAGAAAAAAACUGGAUCUUUGACCUAGUAUGAACUGGAAUAAAUUCAUUUAGAGAGUUUUCCCUUGUAUUGUACCUUCUAAACUCUCCGUCUUUAAACAUGACUAUAUUUGCGUCUUAAUGUAGCAAAGUUACAAAUGGUUGAACAAUGUAAUUCCUGAAAAAAAAAUUGCUAAGUUGUAAUUUUGAAAUGGAAUCAGAAACUUCUGGGAAAGGUAAAAAAAUUGCUAGGUAGAUUUAACACACAAGUGUAAUAUCCCGAGGUGUCUUAUAUUGGAAAGUCAUUUAUCAGCUUUGCUGAAAAUCAGGCCAUUAGCAAGAGAAAAUGUCACCAUCAUGUUGUAAAAUAAUUGCAUAUACAAAGCAGUGCGAAUUGAACUGUUUGGGUAACGUUUCUACCAAAGCAUUUACUCCAGUAACGGUGAACUCUUUCAGACAAUUAUUUUCUGGUUAUACAUAAUGUAUUUAUUUUCUUUUAAUCAUAUAAUUUCAAUUAAAUUGUCAAAAGCAUCAUAAAUUAUUUAUUGAGGAGAAAGAGGCAUCCACUGCUAUCAAAAAAAAAAGUCACUUGGGUCUUAAUCUUUCCUGAUGUGUAAGGUGCAGUGCUAAUAGUGCAUCACUGAAAUGACUCUAUUGGGGUUUGACGCGUCUCCCUUUGUAAAACUGUCACUUGGAAAAUCCUUUGGGGGGGGGGGGGGGUUGAUAUGAAUGAAUGCAGUGCUUCUAAUUUAUUUGUGAAAGCACCCGUUUAAGGUCACUUUUGUCCUGCAGGGAUCUGUUUGUUUGUUUGUUUGAUUUCAGUUAAUGUAGCUUUAAAAAUAAUCAGUAAAAUAACACCUUGAUUCUGCAUGUUCUUGGCAAAUCAGAGAGGUGGAUGCAUGGUAAAGCUGCAACAGAAAAGAUUUCCAGAUUUAAAACGAAAGAGUAUUAAUUUUAACAUUCAGCAAUAAAGUCCCUUUACAUGUUCAUUACUGAAAACUGCUAUAGAUUUUGCCAGAUUAUCAUUAAUUCUUGUAAAAUAAAUACUGAACCACCUCUUGAAAAAAUAAACCUUUAUUCAUUACAUUUUUAACAUAA